UACGUCAUUGCAUCACUCAAUCAGCACCUCGGUCGGACUCGAAACAGAAGGCUUCGGUUGGGGAGACAACUCAGCAGUAUCUGUGGGAUUGUUUCUAUCUAGCUUUUCGUCAAACGGUUCAUACGAGAGUGCCACAGGUAAGGAUGUGUGAAAAGACUUGCAUCCGCUAUCUCACGUUAGCUUUAUGGUUAGCCGGGCGGGCCCUCAGCCAGGUCAAUGAGCCCACAACAACCCACGGAGGAAAAGGGAGUUGCUAAGCCUCAUCUUAGCUCACGGCUACAUCGUUUAGCCUUCUGGAGGUAGAAGAAGCCAAGCCAGCCACUACUACCUGGGCCUUCAAGGUUAGCUAGCUAACAACCGGGUCCUUUUUUCCCCCUCCCUCACCCCUUUUUCCUGUCUUUUAUUUCUGGUUCAUUUAUUUUGGUGUUGCUACUUGGAGAGCAUUGUCAUCUCAGAGGCUGAGCACAACUACGUCGAUGGUUUGGGGUCAGCCGGCGCCCACUGACGGACAGAAAGGCCCUGUGGAUUUCACAGCACACAGAGAGGAAACAUGAGCACAGCCAAGCCCAGCGGGCUCAAAGCGCCCAGCAAGAUAGGCAGGCCGACGGGGGCGCCAGCCACCAAGACCUCCCCUUCCACUGCCGGACCCAAAGUAGUCGCAGCUGACAAGUCCACUCCAGGUGGAGGUGCAGUGGGGACGCAAGAUGGCGGGGAGAACUUCCAGGUCGGGGAGCGGGUGUGGGUGAAUGGGAACAAACCUGGCGUGGUGCAGUUCCUGGGGGAUGCUCAGUUUGCACCAGGACAGUGGGCUGGCAUUGUGUUGGAUGAGCCCAUUGGGAAGAACGAUGGCUCGGUGGCAGGGGUGCGCUACUUCCAGUGUGAGCCCUUGAAGGGGAUAUUCACUCGCCCCUCCAAGCUGUCCUACACAGAGGGUGAGGCCAACGGGACUCAGACAGCACCUCCAUCCCGGGCUGGGUCACCCACCCCCUCCACCGCCAGCCUGGCCUCUCACACCCCCUCUGUCAAGAAGGCCUCAACUGCAAUGCCCGCCACUCCAGCCUCCAACCUGGCACGCACAAACAGCGAGUCUAUCUCCAACCUCUCAGACACCGGCUCGGUCAAGAAGGGGGAGAGGGAGCUGAAGAAUGGAGACCGUGUUUUGGUUGGUGGCACAAAAGCUGGUGUGGUUCGCUUUCUUGGUGAAACGGACUUUGCCAAGGGAGAGUGGUGUGGUGUGGAACUGGAUGAGCCCCUGGGAAAGAACGAUGGGGCAGUGGCAGGAACCAGAUACUUUCAGUGCCAACCCAAGUAUGGCCUGUUUGCCCCGGUCCACAAGGUCACGCGCAUCGGCUUCCCCUCCACCACGCCGGCCAAGGCAAAGACCACGGUGCGGAAGGUGGUGGCCACGCCCUCAGGCCUGAAGCGCAGCCCCAGCACCUCCUCCAUCAGCUCCAUGAGCUCUGUGACCUCCUCUGUCAGCGCCAAGCCCAGUCGCACAGGCCUGUUGACAGAAACGUCAUCACGGUACUCAAGGAAGAUCUCUGGCACCACAGCAGUUCAGGAGGUGCUGAAGGAGAAGCAGCAGCACAUCGAGCAGCUGAUGGCAGAGCGUGACAUGGAGAGGGCAGAGGUGGCCAAGGCAACCACCCAUGUGGGCGAGGUGGAGCAGGAACUGACCCUGCUGAGAGAUGACCAGGAACAGAUGGAGGCCAAGAUGGACCAAUUACGCACCCUGGUGGAGGCUGCUGACAAGGAGAAGGUUGAGCUGCUCAAUCAGCUGGAGGAGGAGAAAAGAAAGGUGGAGGACCUUCAGUUUCGCGUGGAGGAAGCUUGCAUUACCAAAGGAGAUCUGGAGUGCCACUACAAUCGGGACCAUCCCAAUUACCCUGAAGGCAUUCCACUACAAACGUUAUCUUUAAAAAUGAGUGCCACAGGGUUAGAAACGCAGACCAAACUGGAGCAUGCCCACAUUAAGGAGCUUGAACAGAGCCUGCUCUUUGAAAAGACCAAAGCUGAGAAACUCCAGAGAGAGUUAGAAGACACUAGGGUGGCCACAGUUUCAGAGAAGUCCCGCAUAAUGGAGCUGGAGAGGGACCUGGUGCUGAGGACCAGGGAGGUGGAUGACCUGCGGUUGCGUCUGGAGGCCCAGCAAGAGUCAGAGGGCUCAGACUCCACUACCUCCCCUCUCCUGGAGGAGGUGAGCUCUCUGAGGGCUCAGCUGGCUUCUCAGGAAGACCAGCAACGGGUUGAGCAUGCCGGGAUGAGGGAGAAGCUGGCAGCGGAGGAGAAGGCACACAGUGAGGCAAUGGCCCAGCUCCAAGUCUCAUCCACCAAGAUUUCCACUGACAACGAGCAGUUGAAGCUGCACAUCAGCCAGAACGAGAAGGAGAAUGCAGACGCCAUAGAGCUGUGGAGCUCUAAGCUGGAAUCUGCCAUCGCCUCACACCAGCAGGCCAUGGAGGAGAUUAAGGUUUCCUUCAGCAAAGGGGCUGGCUCCCAGGCGACAGAGCUGGUGGAGACCAAGAGUGCCCUGGAGAGGCUGAAGGUGGAGCACAAGCAGGCACUGAAAGAGGCUGGGGCCAGGUGUGUGGCAGAGGCUGCAGCCCGGGCACAGGAGACGGGGGAGCUCAACAAACAGCUGCUGGUCGUGUCAGAGGAGAAGGAGCGCCUGGAGGAGAGCCUGCGGUCCAGUGUGGAGAGUGCUGAGGAGCAGCACCUGGUGGAGAUGGAGGAUGUGCUAGUCAAACUGCACACUGCUGAGCUGAAGGUAAAGGAACUGGAGGAGCAGGAGGCUAAGCUAGUCCAGCAGACCCAGGACAGGGCCAAGGAGGUCCAGGAGCAGGUGGCAGCUAUGGAGGCUCUGCACUCCCAGGCAGGCCAAGGUAACCAAGAGCUCCAGAGUUUGAGGACCCAGCUGGAGGAGACCCAGAGACAAGCUUGCUCACAGGGCAACAAGGUCGGUGAGUUGAGCUCUGAGCUGGAGGGCAGGCAGCAGGAGAUCCUCUCCUUGCAGGAGAGCCUGACCACUGUGCAGCAGAACACAGGCUCUCUGGAGCAAGAGCUGGGCAACGUGAAACAAAAACUGUCAGAGAGCACAGACGAUCAGACUAAGUCAACACAAACUAUGCAAGAGUUGCUUCAGAAGCUUGGCGAAAAAGAGGGGCAGUGCACAUCGCUCUCCACCGAAUCAGAGGCUCUUAGAAGCCAACUUGCAGGGCUGGAGAGGAAGCUAAAGGCUGGAGAGGAGAAGCUUGAUCAGCUCGCAAACGACAAGGCCAAGCUCCAAAGUGACAUCUCAGACAUGAUGAAGUCAUCAGGUGACAGUUCAGCACAGCUUACCAAAAUGAAUGAAGACCUCACUCAGAAAGAAAGGAAGCUGGAAGAGUUACAGACUCAACUUGCAGAGGAGAAGGAGCAGAGAGCACGUUCUGAGGAGCAACAACAGCAGGAAGUGGCCCGGAAGGAGCAGGAGCAUCAGGAUCAGCUAAGCAACCUGCAGGAGAAGAUCACACAACUGGAGAAGAGUUUGCUCCAGGGUGAGGCCCAGGCCAAGGAGCUGCAGACCUCUCAGCAGCAAGCCCUGUCUCAGGCCUCAGAGCACCAUGCCAAGCAGCUCAAGGAGCUGCAGGGUCAGGCUGACCAGACCAAGCAGGAGCUGAGUGUCUCCAGGGAGAAGGCCCAGGAGCUGGAGAGGCUGGUGGCCGAUCUGCAGCCUUACAAGGAGAAAGCCCAGUUUCUUUCUGCUGAGCUCGACUCCUCCAUGCAGCAUGUUGAGCGAUUGUCCACAGACCUGGAGAAGCAAAUCUCAGCACUGGAACACAUGUCUAAGGAAAGUUCAGAUCUCAGAGCUCAUAAGGAAAAUCUUGAGAAGCAACUCUUCGAACUCCAGGCCAAGCUCUCUGCCUUGGAGGCUAGUCACAAUGAGCUCUCGGUUAAGACUGAAGAACUGCUGACUCUGAGGGACAAGCUUACAAAAGAGCAGGAGGAACUUUUGACCACAAAUCAGCAGCUGGAUGGAGAGAAGGCCUCACUAUUUAAAGAGUUUGAGAAGCUCAGAGUUGCUGUUGAGGAGGCACAGGCCAAAAACGAAUCCCUCAGUCAAUCUGAAAUGGAGCAUCAGUCCCAAAUUGAGGAGCUACAAAAGACAAAUGCAGAGAAGCAGGAGGUCCUCUUAAAGUACAAACAGGAGAUCCAGCAGCAGGAAACUAAGAGGAAUCAGCUAGCAGAAAUCUAUGAGAAGACCUGUGAGGAAAGGAAUGGGCUCCAGGAAGAGCUCAAGCAAAGCAGGGAGAAGCUGAUCUCUGAGAUGGAUAGCCUUGUGUUGGAGAGGGAUGCAGCAAGAAAUGCUAAGAAAUCCCUUGAUGCAAAGAAUACAGAGUUGCAGACAAGGUGUCAGUCGUUGAGCUUGGAAAAAGUAGAUCUCUGUGUGAAAAACACUCAGUUGGAGGCCCAGAAGGAGACCUUGGCCAGAGAUAAAGAGGAGAUGUCUGCUCAAAUUAAUGCUGCUAUAUCUGACAAAGAGGCCCUCCAAACCAUGAAUACGGAGCUUCAGAAUCAGCUGAAUAUCACCAAGAAGGAUCUUGAGAAGUCUGUCCGUGACAACGGCGAGCUCCAGGCUUCCAAAAUGAGCCUGGCCAAGAUGCUGGACGAGUCCAAGACCUGCAGUGAGGUUACAGACUCCGAGAGGCUUCACCUCAUGCAGGAGAAAGAGGACCUGCUUUCUACCCAGCGAAAGGUGUGUUCUGAGAAGGAUGAACUUCUCAAGGAGAUAGAAGAGUUGAAGGAGAAGCUCAGACUUUCUACACAGGAAGCGGCUACCUCUAAGGAGAAAGUCAAAGAGGUGUUGUCAUCUUUUUCCAAGGAGAAGGAAGCUCUUUGUCUCCAGAAUGAAGAGACAGAGAAGGCACUACACUCCGUACUGAAAGAGAAGCUGGCCAUGGAAUCAACACUGGAACAGCAGAAGAUGGAGAGUGACAGUUUGGUACAUGAAAAGGAAGAGCUUGAAGAAAAGCACACAAAGGAGAUCUCUGAAAAGGUUACUCUAACAAAAGAGCGUGACAAGAUAGCAGGUGAGAUCCGCAGUAUGAAAGACCAGCUGGACAGCUCCUCCAAGGCCAUUGAUGACCUGAAGCAAGCCAAUUACAACCUUACGUCCUUGCUGGAGGAAUCCAAACAGAAGAUCCAAAAGGUGGAGGUUGAGGGAGCUUCCUUGAAAAGAAAUAAGUAUGAUCUACAGGCACAGCUGCAGAAGCUUUGCUCUGAGAGGGAGGCCCUUGAAAAAAGCAAAACUGAACUUGCAGAAGAGCAUCAUAAACUAAAAGGCAACUCUGAGCAGGUGCAUUUGGAACUCAUCCAGCAGAGGGAUACCCUAAGAAAAGAGCGGGAUCUCCUGCACUCCCAGCAGGCAGAGCUUAAAAAGAGCCUACAGAUCCUGCAGAAGGAUAAAGAUGAUCUGCUUCUGCAGGUCCAGGAGGUCAAGGGUCAGACAGAAUCACUUUCAAAGGAAAAAAGGCUUCUUGAAUCGCAGCAGCAGACUGAAGCCACUGAGCGAAGUAAACUGUCCUCUGCAAAGGAUGACCUCUCUAGAGAGAGAGAAGACUUACAGAGUCAGUUGUCCACUCUGACACAGACAAAUACUGCCCUCCUGCAGGCUGAAUCUAUCCUGAAGGCAGAGAUUGCCUCUGUUUGUGUUGAAAGAGACACAAUGGCCUCUGAGAAAAAUAGUUUGUGUUGUGAUUUAAAGCAACUUAAGAUGACUCACACUGGAUUGUUAGGUGAGCAACAUGGUCUGCUUGAGGAGAAUGCCCAGAUGCAAGCCAAAGUGCAGGACCUCACUCAGAAAUCUGUCACUAGAGACAAGGCCAUUGAUGAAUUGUCUGCCAGCCUUAAGGAUAUUGGAGAGGAGAGGAAAGCCUUGGCUAGGGAGGUUGAGAACUUGAAGGCACAGCUGAAGCAGAGAGACCAGGAAAAGGAUGGCUUGGCUGAAGACCAAGAGUCCCUGUUUACCAAGCUGGAGGAGCUUGGCAAAGAGGUCUCCUCCCUGGCGAAGGAGAAGGUAGACCUCCUAGCUAUACAGUCCAGGCUGGAGAAAAACCUUUCCUCCCUCCACAGCAGCCAAAAGAGUGGUGAUGGGGAACGCUCAAGGCUCCUGGAGGAAGUGGAGAAGCUGCGAGCUGCCCAGACACAGCUUGAGGCAGAUGCCCAGACCCUACGUGCUGAGAAGGCAGGGAUAGAGGGACAGCACAAAGUCUCUGUGGAGGAGGCAUCUGUGUCUGCCAAGGCCCGGGAAGAAAUUGGCACCAAGCUGGAAGACCUGAAGGUCGAGAAGGAUGCCUUGCUCAAGGAGAGGGACGAAGCCACCCAGCAAGUCACCCAGCUUGAAGCUCAACUCAAAAACAUUCUUUCCAAACAGCUUGAGGCAGCAGAGUCCUCAGGGAAGACUGCUGAGGCCGUGGAGCGGCUGACACAAGAGAAGGGCCGUCUGGAGCAGGAGAAGAGUGAGGCCCAGUCUCUGCUGGAGGAGUUCAGGAGUGCCAAGCAGGAGAUGACCAGUCAGCUGGAUGCAUUGAAGCAACAGAAUUCUAAAUACCAAGAGGAGCUCAACCUCCAGCUCUGCGCAGACAACCAGAAAAUCAGCAGCCUGUGCCAGGAGAUUGAGGAGCUGAAGCAAGUUGCCUCUGUGAAGUCCCAGUCCCUGGUGGCCUUACAGGAGGAGAACAACAAGCUGACUAAGGAGGUUGGCAGCAGCAAGAAGGAGACCAGUGGUCAGCAGAAGGUGGAAACUCAGCAGUCCAAGUUCAAUAAACAGUUGCAAGAUAUGAAGCAAAGAGAGACUGCCUUGAAGAAACAGUUAGAUGAGGAGAAAGCCUCCCUCCAGAAGUCCAUCCAUAAAAGCAGUGCCUUGAUCUCCGAGAAGGAUCAGGAGCUGGAGACCCUAAAGAGUGAGUUUUCAGUGCUGCAAGGGGAGAGCGCCACAGCGAAGACACUGAAGUCUACUGUCCAGUCUCUGGAGAAAGACAAGUCGCGGCUGCAGGAGCGCGUUCAGAGCCUGGAGAAGAGCCUUGCAGGAGGACAGGACACUCUUACCAGCGCCUCCGGUGAUGCAGCUCUGAACCCAUUAAAGGAGGACAAGGAGACUUCAGAGAGCCAGGCAGCGAUUGAGUUCCUGAACUCGGUUAUCGUGGACCUGCAGAAGAAGAAUGAAGACCUUAAGGGCAAGCUGGAGAAGAUGGCGGAGGCUUCCCUUAAUGGGAAUAAUGCAAGCGAGCUUGAUAACUAUGACGGCGGUUUUAAUGAAGGUCCCUCCAAAAAGAAGGUCCCACCAAGGCUCUUCUGUGACAUCUGUGACUGCUUCGACCUCCAUGAUACAGAAGACUGUCCCACUCAGAUGCAGAUGCCGGACUCCCCACCCCACACCACCUACCACGGCAGUAAGGAUGAGGAGAGGGCUUAUUGUGACAUCUGUGAGGCCUUUGGCCACUGGACUGAUUCCUGUAACGACGACCAGACCUUCUAAUCUAAAGCCUUCGAGAACCAUCUUUGGCACAAUCUCAACUUUUGCACAUAAACCAAAUUCUGAGGUGCGCAAGUGCACAUGGAGUUCUCUACUGUAUGGGUGUGUGCAUGUGUUUGUUUGUGCAGAAGGUAUUUCUUGCACAAGCCCCUAAGUGCUAUAAUUGGGAGGAUGUUGUCUCAAAACGAUCAACUUAAUUAUCCGCACUCACACGUCAUUGACUAGGAAAAGGGGCAGAAAUGCUGACGUAUUGUGAUAUAAGGCUUUCAUUGGGAAUUGUUUAAAAAAUCCACUGUUUGUGUUGCGACCCUCUUCAGUGUGUGCAAAAGAUGAGGCUAAAGUUUAUUUUUUUACACUUGGACAUACUUUGUACUUUAAGAAAAAGUUGCCUUGUCAAUCUGUCUGUGAUAAUUGUGUGGUGGAAAGGCAUGGAGAGUGGCGUGGCUGGCGCCUGUUGCCUGGCAGGGUUGGAGCAGUGAAACAACGGCGUUUGACUUUUAGUAAAAUAAAAUAAAAAGACUACCUCGGCCGUGUGGGAUGGUCAAGGUUGAAGCCGCUAAACAAACCUAAAGCACUGCACACACUUUAUUCCUCUCCUCUGUUUAAAAUCCUUGGUUCCUUUUUAAAUGGCCUUUACAAGAACAAUGCAUAAUUAAAUUAUAAUUUAAGGAUAAAAUAUUGUAAACAGAUGGUAUGAUGCUCAUGAAUUUCUGUACCUAACUUUUUGAAUGUUGAAUAUCUGUACAAAAAUAAAUGAAAUUUAUGUAUA